AUGGAACAGGAGGAAGAAGUGGCCCGGUCACCGCUGAAGGUGCUCUACAUGCACGGGGGCGGGGCGGACCCGGUCAAGUCGUACAAGGCGCAGUACCUCACGAAGCGUUUCGACUGCUCGUGUCCGCACAUGGUCAACACCUCCUUCUACGACCGCUGCCGCCUCCUUCAGUGCACCACCCUCCACGGUCUACUGGGCGCAGGCGACUUCCAGCCCGACGUGUGCGUGGGCACCUCGCUGGGCGGAGCGCUGCUGCUCGAGCUGCUACGAUUGGGGCUGUGGCGCGGUCCGGCCGUGCUGAUGUGCCCUGCUGUGAUGCUCAGCGUUGACGAUAUCUCGCUUCCCUCUGGCGUUCCCAUCAUCGUUGCCCACGGCACGCAGGACUCGGUGGUCAGUGUCGAUGUGAGCAGGCAGAUCGCAGAGACCAACAAGAACGCAAAUGUGGAACUGAUCGAGGUCGACGGCGACGGCCACAACAUGGAAAGCGUGACCCAAACGGACAUGCUCAAGGAAUGGGUGGAGGAAGUGUAUCGACGACGAACACAGAUCAGUGGCUACGACCACGAACAGCGUGUGAACCUUGCGGGCAUCAAGGAGAUGCUGAAGGCCCAGGAAGCCGAGAGCGACAAGAAGAAGAAGAAGUGCGCUGUACAGUAA